AUGGCAGAACCAGAUGCCAGGGGCACUUCCACAGCCCAGGAUAUUGAGAUGACCGUGUCAACCGACUACAAGUUGGUCAAGCACAGGACUGAUGCAGAUGAGGCCAUGAAAGCAUUUGAAGAAUUGCAGAUAGGCGAGGCGAUCGAGCUCGACGAAGCGACCAACCGUCGUCUGGUGCGGACUAUUGAUCUCCACAUCAUGCCCAUCAUGUGUCUGGUCUACGCAAUGAACUUCCUCGACAAAACUACCUUGUCUUAUGCGAGUAUCAUGGGUCUCAGGGAAGAUCUUAAUUUGAUCGACGAUCAGUACCAGUGGCUGGGAAGUUUAUUCUACUUUGGCUAUCUGGCCUGGGAGUAUCCAACUAGCCGUUUGCUGCAACGGUUACCACUCGGCAAAUAUUCAGCCGCCUGCAUUCUUAUCUGGGGCAUGAUAUUAUGUUGCUUUGCUGCAACAAAGAAUUAUUCUGGAGCGAUUGCGAUUCGCUUCUUCUUGGGGGUGUUCGAAGCGGCCGUGACACCGGGAUUCGCACUUUUGACCUCACAGUGGUACACCAGAAAUGAACAAGGCAAGCGUGUGAAUAUCUGGUACAGUUUCAACGGCUGGGGCCAGAUCAUUGGCGGUCUGGUCGCCUAUGGUAUCGCCGUCGGCACAAAGAAACAUGGUUCACUCAUCGCACCCUGGAAGAUCGUGUUCCUCUUCACGGGACUGCUAACCAUCGCAUUGGGGCUCAUCUUCCUUUGGGUUGUUCCAGACAGUCAGCUUAACGCACGAUGGCUCAAAAAGGAAGACCGCAUCCUUGCCAUCGCCCGUGUUCGUGUCAACCAGCAGGGCAUUGGUAACAAGCACUUCAAAAUGUACCAAGCUAAAGAAGCCCUUUUGGACCCGAUGACAUGGGCAUUCUUUUUCUUUGCUGUGAUUGCUAAUAUCCCGAAUGGCGGAAUCACCAACUUCUUCAGUCAGCUUAUCAAAAGUUUCGGCUACACCUCAGAGCAGAGUUUACUAUAUGGCACCCCUGCAGGUGCAGUGGAGGUCAUCGCUCUUGUCCUGAACGGUAUCAUUGGCGAUAGGACUGGACAGCGGAUCCUGACUAGUAUCGGAGGUCUACUUGCUGCCACAAUUGGUGUCAUUCUCAUGGUUGCAUUGCCACUGGACAACAACGUUGGCCGGCUCAUUGGAUACUAUAUGACACAGGCAUUCCCUACUGCAUUUGUGGCCCUUUUGUCACUGAUCUCCUCCAAUGUCGCGGGAUAUACCAAGAAGACCACAGUUGCUGCGUUGUACUUGAUUGGAUAUUGUACGGGUAACAUUAUUGGGCCAUUGACAUUCCGCCCCGAAGAUGCGCCGCGGUACGUUUCAGCUGAGAUUGUCAUCAUCGUAUGCUGGGGCAUUUGUCUGUUUUUGCUCUUGGUGAUUUGGUGGUGGUAUAACAAAGAGAACCGAAGAAAGGCCGAGAUCGUCUCGCGGCCAGACUACGUUCACGUCGAUGGACAAGAGUGGCUUGAUCUGACGGACCGAGAGAACCAGGACUUUGUUUACACUCUUUAG